AUGAGUAUAAAUAUAUUCAAAAUGUAGAAAUAAUCAAAUAAUUGAGUCAGGAAAAUAAGAAAAUGGAAACAGAAUUGAAUAAUGGGAUUUUAAAUUUGAAGGAAAAAAAAAGUACAAUAUUGAUAUUAAUAUUAAAGUGGUGGUGGAUGAUACUCUCUCGAAGGAAAUAAGAAUGGAAUAUGGAAAGAAUUUCAUAACUAUUAUUCUAAUUAUUCAAUUAGUAAUUAUGAAUAGAGAUAAUGUAACCUUUCUUAUAGGUUAAUAUAAUAAUGCAAAAAAGUGUAAUUGAUGGAAAAUUCUAUUUAAAAGUGAAAAAGAAAGUCAAUAAGAAAUUAUGUAAGAUUUCCUUUUUAAUUUUUAGAGGCGGAUGUAAUCAUAAUGAAAAUUAAAUCAAAAUUGAUGAAUAGAUAGAUUUGCAUCAAAGUAAAUGAUAUAAAUAUCUUCUAGUUAUGGAUAAGUUAUUUAUUAGGGUGUAUAUAAAAAUUGGAAGAAAGAUCAAAAAUGGGAUAUUAAGAAUAGAGAUAAGUCAUCAGAGUUUGUAGCAAUGUAAAAAUUUACAAUAAAGAAUUAGUGGUGGAGGAUUAUAUGAUUCAGAAGGAAGGAAAAAUGAAUAAUGGAUAGAAUUAAAUCCUAAUUUCUCUUUGUAUUUGAUAUUUUAAUUAUAAAUAGUUUGACAUAGAUUUGUUAUAAGGGUAUGUAUGAAAAUGGAAAAAAAAUGGUAAAUGGGAAAUUUUUUUAAAUUUGGAUAAAAAUAAAAGACAAUUGUAAUAAGAAUUAUUUAUUUAACUUAGAGGAGAAGGAGUAUAUGAUGAAAAUUAGUUGA